AUUAAGGACUCUCUCUCUCUCUCUCUCUCUCAAGCUCUUCAGAAGCGCUUCCCCGAGAAGCUCCAAGGUGCCACUUCCAUGGCCUCCGCCGCCCCAGCCGCCGCCGCCGCCGCCGCCGCCGCUGCCGCAAACCCUAACAGUAAGGGCAAGAAGAGGAAGUACCUUCCCCGUGGGAGGCCGGUGAGGAAGGGGUCGCACCCCUUGCGCCCCGGGGUGGAGGGCUUCUUCCUAACGUGCGACGGGGGAAGGGAGCGCCAGGCCACGCACGAAGCCCUAAAUCUCCUCGAAAGUUUUUAUGAAGAGCUAGUGGAUGGAAAGGAUUUAAAUGUAAAAUCUAUGGUUAGUCUGAGUAAACCACUGAACAAAAAAACUAUUUUUAAGGAUUCUGAUUCCUCUAGCGAGGAGGAUGAGACUUCUACUAAAGAGGAGCUAGAUGUUGAGAAUCGUGAAGAAGAAAGUAACACAAUGCCGUCGAAGGAAGGAGAAGCGUCCGGACCCCAUCAAAUUGCAAAACUGGAUGCUGAAGAACCUGCAGAAGAAAGUGAGGAGUUACAAUCAAAGAAGCAACGACUAGAAGAAGGAUCUGCAGAAGAAAGUAAGGAGUUACAAUCAAAGACACAACAACUAGAAGAAGGUUUAUCGUCCUGUGUGAAUAGAGAAUCUGAUGAAGCUAAUGAUAAGUCUAUCGGCGACUUAAUUGAUGAUGAGCUCAAAGAGUUGGGAGACAGAAAGAAGAGGCAUUUUGUGAGCCUUGACUCGGGUUGUAAUGGAGUCGUCUUCAUUCAAAUGCAUAAAAGAGCUGGUGAUCCCAGUCCUGUUGACAUAGUACAACGGAUGAUGUCUUCAGCUGCUUCCACGCGUAAACACAUGUCAAGAUUUAUCUUGAGAGUUUUACCAGCUGAGCUGACAUGUUAUGCUUCUGAGGAGGAAAUAACAAAAGCGAUCAAACCACUUGUCGAACAAUAUUUUCCAAGUGCGGCUACUACUCCCGUGAAGUUUGCAGUGUUGUAUGAAGCGCGUUCAAACACGGGUAUAGAUAGGAUGAAAAUCAUAAAUGCGGUUGCAAAAUCUAUACCCCCUCCACAUAAAGUUGAUCUUAGUAAUCCAGACAAGACCAUUGUUGUCGAGAUCGUCAAGACUAUUUGCUUGGUGGGGGUUGUCGAAAGAUAUAAGGAGCUUUUAAAGUACAACCUGAGGCAACUUACCGCUCCACAACAAUAACUUGGUUAAGAGCUUUUCGACAAAACUGCUUCUGGGUGAUUCACUCGGAAAGCAAAUGUUGGUGAAGCAAAUCACGGAAUGUUUGAGUUUACUUCAAUUGUCGAAUUUGUACCUUUUGUUUCGGCGGCCACCACUGUAAUAUUCUCCUGACGAACUUUUUAUUUUCUAAAACGGACUUAAAUUAAUCUGAGAUUUUCCUAUCGGAAUGCAGCUCUUUAGUAGAUGUGAAGUUGCAGAAGAAUUUUGUAACGUUUAUAUGUUCUUGUUUUUCCAUUAACAAAUAAACCCGAUAAACCAUCGCUCUCUUGUAAACUUGUUAGUUUCUUCAUUUUUUCACAAUUAUUU